AUGGCUAGAUGCAACACAGAUAAAACAGCCCUUGAGUGUUGGUACCAAAUGGGGUACCUUAGAAAGUGUUAUCGUCAAGAGGUCCAACGUGCCCUUAACCCGGAACCCCAAAUGGAUCCUUUUGCAUGGGUUGAGACAUGGGUUCAUUUCCAUAGAAUGGAUUUUUUGGAAAAUGGUUAUUGGCUUUUUAAUUUUAAUGCUGACCCGGUUAAGCAAGAGAAAGAUGGUGGUGGAGGCGAGAACCAAGAAGUUUACUAUUCCGGGUUGCAGAGCAAAAAUCCGGGUCUGAUUUUGGACCUAGGAGUGGAUUUUGGGUCGGGUCAGGGUUCUGGGUCGGGCCAGUUUUUUGGGUCGGGUCAGGGUUUUGGGUCUGGGCAGGGUUUCAGGUCAAGUCAGCGUUUGGGAGGUGGGUAUAUUGAGGGAGGGUUUGGAUUUGGAAAAAUGGGAAGUGGGGCCUAUGGAGACAUGCACGUAAGUUAUGACGAUUCGUUGGAUGAGAUAGUGGCGCCUAUGGAGACGUGGGAUGAUGGUUUUGUGCCAAUUAAGAGGAUGAAGAUGGAGAAGACAACGGAGGUUGAAUCGUUGCAAAUGGAAGUCGAAAUGAAAGGAAAGGGAAUGAUUCUUGAAUCAAAUGAACGAAAUGGAGAUUUUUUUGGUGACGUUUGGAGAAGUUGA